AAAAAAAAAAAAAAAAUUGCCAAUUUUUUUUUUAUUUCGGAAAAAACAAUAUUAAAUACAAAAAAACAAAUAUUUACAAAAAACAAUAUUAAAUACAACACAAAAUGUCUACUGUUCAGAAUUUAAAUUCUAUUCAAAACUUUUUAAAUAAUUUAAAUUAUAAUAAUAUUAAUUUAUACCCUUUUAACAAUGAUCCACUUAAAGUCGCCAUUCACGUAAGAAAUUUUACAGAAAUCCAAGUAUUAACAGGUGAAGAAUUAUUGUUGUGGAACGUUGAACGAGAGGCUCUUCGAUUACAAGUGAAUAAUCGAAAUAUCAUUCAUUUAGCAACGAAUGAUAUUUGGAAUUUACAUUUAACAGAUCUACAAAAAAAUCAAUUUACGGAUUUAGCCGAUAAAGCUAAUAGAAUCAAUCAAGAUUUCGUUCAAACUAAUGAAGAUACACUUAAUAGAAUCUACCAAAUAAAUCUUUUACAAGGAGCAAAUACUCCACUCGAAAAUCACAUCUUUAAUGGAGUAGCAUUUUGAUAUGAUGAUUCGCACAUUCAAUACUAAACAAUAUAUGUGUUCGGAAUUAUUGAUUUUUUCUUUAAAAAGUAACUCUUAAUAAUGCAUAUUAUUAUAGUAAAGUCGUCCCUUGAUUAGUCACAAGAAAUAUAAUAUUAUAAUUCUUUCAACAUGUAUAUUUUUGUUAAUAUGUUCUGUAAAUAUUUUGAACCAUACAUAUGCAUCAUCAAUAUUAUGCACAUCAUUGUAU